AUGACCGUUUGGUCUAUUAGCGUUACAAGUCCGCCCAAGGAAUCUUUGCCUUUGAGCUGCUACGUUGAAGGAACAAGUGAUAAUGCUUCUGAUAUGGAUGGACGAGAUGACAUGGAUGUAGGAGGGGCUCCCUAUAUGAUAAUAGUUGAGAACUUGGAGAAGGAAAUAUCACCGUUUACAAUUAUGGAAUUUAUACACCAGCAAGUUUCAAUCACAUGUCAAGUCUCUGUUUCGCCAAGUAAGUCAUCGGAGUUGUAUACACGUGCAAUUAUCCUAUCGGACAGCAAAAAGAAUCUUGAGAAGUUAUCCGACUUUCUGGAGAGUCCAGAUCACAUCAUCAUUUCCUCCAUAGGAAGACCUUGGCUCAUGACUGAGAAAAGACCAUUACCUGAGACACUAAGGGCAUCAAUCCAAACCUUAUCUCAGAUGGCAUUGAAGACAAGAACUCUAAGUAACAAUGAGUUGAAUGUUGUCUUUUCUGGGAGUCACGAAUACAUGGAAGCUAAAGAGCAACAAAAAUUGUUUAAAGAGUUCACUGAACACCAGUGUGGACUUCAGCGGAGGUUACAACUUGAAGAGGAAAAGAUCUCAAAGAAGUACAGGUGAAUGUCGGAAAGCUUUUGUAACUUGUGCAGUAAUUUUGCUAUGUGUAUAUACCUGUGUAUAAACACAUGCAGCUGUUUUUUUUUUAUCCUAUACCUGUGUAUAGGGGGAGGGGUCAAGGCACACUCUGUACAUUUACAUUUGCCUGUGAAAGAAUGUGACUUAUGUAGAAGCUAUAUGUAUUUCCAGCAGAUUGUAAUGUGUUCUUGUUGCAUCAGUUGGUGCAUGUGUUUGAAUAUCAGAAAGAAGAUAUAGUUUCGUAUCCA